CAUAAACAAUUUUUUUGUAAAUCGCAAAAAAUUCAGUGCGGUUGUGAUUGCAAACUUGCAUAUACAAAUAUAGUAUACAUACAUAUGUACGGACGCACAUCCGUAUAUAAGCACAUACAUAUAUGAACGUGUCUUUUGCAUACGAAGAUAAUAAAAAAAUAUGGAAAUAUGCAUUUCAUUAACCAAUAUGCGUAUGAACAUUCGUAUGUAUGUAUGUAUAAACACUCACACACACUGAAAUUAUGCCAUAACAAGUCCAUUUAUAAGUUUAUCCCUUCCAACGUCGUUGUUCUUCACGACACUAUUGAUUUUCCUUUUCGCUCUUCAGUUCGUGUAAUGACCUAAAAAUCUACUCACAGCCGGCACACCACAAUGACAUUACUGAAGAAAUCUAUGUACUUGCAUGUGCACAUAUGUACAUAUGUAUGUGUGUAUACGCCUGUAGAAGCGUGCACGUAUUUGUAUGUACUCUUAUUUAUAUACUAAAUGUGUCAAAACAUAAAAAAGCAAUUGAUAUAAACAAAUGCUAUUUCAGUGAUUCUUGUUUUAAGUUCGAAAAGCCUUUGUGCUUAUUUUUUGAUGCUUUGGUAAGUGCUUACAUCCUCAACAGCGGAGUAUUACGAACUCUCCCCUUUUCUGCUGUGGAAUAUGUGGACUUCUUUGCCAUCCAACUAUUUUCUGAAAUGAUUUGUUGUGAUAGAAAAACCAUCGUGACCUCAAUGCUCUUUCGCCGACCUUAUGGUGGAUAUUGUGUGAGGAGUUUCCCGUGUCCCUUGCGGAACUCCCCUUUCGUUCACAUUUCGGUGAUAGCAAUGCGCGAUUAGCAUGAAGCAUUUUCGAAAAUGUGCUCAUUUGUUCUGAUAAUGAUUUCACCUCUCUUUCAGAUAACUUUAAUUUAUUUUCUACUGCUUAUACCAUGGCCCCACACACACAUUAUAAAGAUGUUUUGUUCCAAAGAUAACAGCCGUUUGGUGCGCAAAAUUGUACGCUCAAAAUGGACGCCCAUAUUAGAUAAAUACUCGGCGAAAUUACCUCUAGAGUGCCCGCUACAUCCGCUGCGUGAUGUUUACUCUCCUUGUCAAGAUGCCAAAAAACGCGAUCGCCCAACACAGUGGACAUGUCGUCUGUGUGGCAAAAGUUUCUAUCAGGAAAGAUUUUUGGACUUACACUUUGAGACACGGCACAAGAGUACCAUCAACGAGGCCGAAGACGCCGUUUGUCUGGCGGACUUUUGUGAUAUAAUGCGAUGCGAAGUAUUCCAAACAGAGGAAUCGUCGAGUUUAACGACCAGCGACCAACAUGUGGUUACCGAUAUUGAAGUCUGGGGUGAUUCGCUGGGUCAGAAUUCAGCGCUGGCAAAGGCAAACACGCCCUAUUUGAGUUUAAUACCUCUCAGGACCUCCUCCAUGGGCGGCACACGAGGCGCAAAAGUACAAACUCGUCAAUUAUGUCAAGACAAAAUUGGCCAAAAUAAAUUUAAGGACACUGUCGAAAAUGUAAUUAUUGCUGAAAAGAGCAAGAAGUCAACCACCAUGAAUGCCAAUGAACCCAUGAAAAAUAUGAGAAAGGGACAUGCUGACGGUGAACAUUCAACAGGAACUCCAACAAAUUCGGAGCACAACAAGGCUGCCAAUAUGCAAACACCGCCACACACACACAAUCCAAAGGCCAAGAAGAACGGGUCUAAUGAACACAGCAGCCAUGACGAUAAUGACGAUGGGAGCUCCACGCCGACAAGCAAUGCCAGUAGGAUCAAGAAUGGGAAUGGGAAUAUACAGAAAACGCGUGCCAACUGCAAAGCUGAGGAACUGAGCAAACUGAAGGUGCAAUGUGAAAUCUUGGUGCGCACCUGCAUCGCUAGCCUUCUGCUGACAAUGACGGAUCAGAGCUUUAAAGAAAUGGAAGAGGAAAUGAACAGAGCUGUUUGCUGGUAUCUGUCAUGCGAUCGCUACUGGGAGGAUGGCCCGCUCGAGUCGCGCAUCUUCCCUUGGGGUUUGACACUGAUCCUCAUUUUUGUCCUCUCGACUGGAGUGUGCUUUUGCUACUACAUCAUUUGGAUACUAUUUGACUCCGAGGAAACGACAAUCAAUACCAAUCAACAGGACUACAUGUACCAUCGGUACCAGCAAUCGGCGUCCAUGCAGCAACAGCAGCAGUACCAGACCUACGCGACUACCGGUAUGCACAGCGGUAUGCGCCAGAACCUAUCCCAGCCGUACUACUACCAGCAGGCGGCUCACGAAUUAUACCCCGAACCACUUCAAUACGAUUAUCGCCACAGCCCGAGACGUUACUUGGCAGAGUCACAUAUGCAGAACACGUCCACGGCCGCCGACAUGAGCGGAACACCACGACAUCGUCACAUACCGACACAGAGUCACGCUUACCAACAGGACAUUUUAGACCGACGCGACUAUACAAGUAGACCAAUCGCCACAACAGCGGUCACGAGCGUGGGCGGCAAAUCGAUGACGAGUGCGAGCGGAGCACCAAAAUCCGCCAGCAUUGCGGGCCUAGGGACAACCGGUGUCACUAUGUUGGAAAAUGAGUCAAACAUGGGUGUGGCUACGGGAGGUGGACGUCAAUACAAUACCCACCCACGGCCCUUAACCUCUCAUCAUCGCAAUAGUGGAGCCUCUCAGCAUUCGCUACGUGCUUCAUCAUCCAUUCAUGAAUUUAUGCAAAAUGACAUAGGCCAAAACGAGCACUACAUCUAUGUUACAUAUCCGCCUGAUCUAAAAAAGCGAUAUUUUGACAAAUAUGAAUAGAUGCGCCGCUGGUCACCACUAUCCCAUUAUGCAUGGAUGAGCAUGCAAACCACGACCACGGACGACAUUAAGCAAUCAAGGAUCGGCGGAUUCCAGUCACUAACUAAAUUGACUGGCUUUAACUGCGUCAGAUGUAUGAAAGUUUCAUGUAUACUCGUAUGGAGAUGCAUUAAGGCAGUUUGCUUGAUAAAGACUGCAUUUUAGCUGUCAGAAAUUUAGCUGAUUUUAUAGUGCAAUAAAUUGUUGAUUAAACAAUUAAGUAAAAUAAAGAAUAACAUAAACGCCAAUGCAUCGAAAUAUUUGUGCUCGCAACUCGCUCGAGGCUUGAAAUACUUAAUAUUCAAAGCAUCAAAGUGUCAUUAUUCAUUAAUAAACAAUCAAUUAUUCUCAUAAUAAAUUUCUUA